CCUUUUGCCGCCUUUUGGUGGACUGCCAUCUCUGAACAGACCCGCCAUCUUUCACAUUACGAUCAAGCCAUCACGCUUGGACUCAAAGCGGCCGUCCGAUAUCGUGGUUGCCACCCGCUCAUUCCUCCCAUCCAGCCGCACCUUUCAGGGCUUAGAGCUUCCCCCCAUCUAGAACGCCACCUUGAAAACCGAGGUCCAGGGCUAAAAGACCAAGCAACAACUGUUAACGAAGCAGCUGUGCAUCCACGUCACCAUCCGCCCUUUGUCUCCCCGUCAGAAUGGAGUCGAAUCCAGAGACGACGGAGAUAUCUGACACCAUAGUGGUCGGUGGCGAUUACUCCGACGCGUCGCACGAGAACAGCGACGAGAGCAUUUAUGUCGAGGGCGAGGAGGUGCAGGAACAGGAGACAGUCGAGCCAGAUGCUGCCAGCCUGAACCAUGACUAUGCUCGAAGCUUUGAUUCGCCUUCGGCACAUGAGUAUCAGAGUGAGGUUGAGGAAGCUCAGCCAGAUGUAUCAAUGGCCUCACAAUCUUCGAAUAGCCCAUCCGCUUCUGGCCCUUUGCCCAGCCAGUCUCCAGCAGCUGUUCAAGUUCCUUCUCCAUCUGACCACCCGCCGUCGCUUGCUCCUCCUGGCUUGCCUCAGAGCAACGGCCAGGACCAGACACCGGGAGCGUCCGCUCCAUCUGAGCCAUCUAAGGUCUCGGAAAGCUCAUCCGAGUUGUCUUCUGCCACGCCGAACGACAGCCCAUCUUCUGCGGCACCUGCCACUGCCCCUACCGCCUCGUCUCCCGAGCAGCAAGCCCCUGCCGCCUCGGCGCAUGAAGCAACCCCAACUGCCGUCGCUCGCCCGGAGCCUGAGUCGACAAACGGAGAUCAUGCCGCUGUUGACAUCCAGAAGCUGGUAGACGACAUCACUGCUAGAGCAGCCGUCACAACAUCUCCCUCUACUGCGCCUGCACAAGCCACCGCAGCUACUACACAAGCCGCUUCGUCCACCUUACCGUCAUCACACCCGCCCUCACUCCCCCCGAAGCCUUCACUGCCCAACCCGCCCGCCAGUCUCCCCGCCAUCCCCCAGUUCCAACCACGUGGUCCGCAUCCCCCAGCCCCGGGGUUGCCGAUGAACAUUGCCGGUCCUGGUGAAUCACAUGCCGCAUAUGCACCAAGUGAUGGCAUUUCAUCGUUGCCUCCAAUACCACCAGGAGCGUUUGGCGGGUCGUCCCACACUCUUUCCCCUCACAUGCCCCUGUCCGCAGAUGCAUUCGGCAACUACCAUGCGUUGUCAAUCAAACAACGAUGGGAGCAGUUUCAAGCCGACGAGAAACGGUACACGUCGGAAGCGAAAUGGGAGAGAUUCCCGGAAGGCUCUCGCAUUUUCAUCGGAAAUCUAUCUAGUGAGAGGGUCUCAAAACGGGAGGUGUUUGAUGUGUUCCACAGGUUCGGUCGACUAGCACAGAUCUCGUUGAAGAACGCAUAUGGAUUUGUGCAGUAUCACACCGUGGCGGAAGGCAAUGCUGCCAUGCAAGGCGCUCAGGGCAUCGAGCUUGGCGGCCGCAGAAUCCACCUCGAGAUCUCGCGUACUCAAAAGAAGAAGGACGACAGGGAGAGAUCUCCGGACCGCCGAAACCCGCGGGAGACGCGCGCGAACGGCCGAUAUGACAGUGGGGAUCACGGCUGGAGGAGGGAUGACUAUCGCCCGGGACGCUCUCUCUCGCCACGCCGGAGCGAACACCGCUACUCGCGAGACCGGGAAUUCGGCCCGCAUGCGCGCCGGCGUUCUCGAUCACCACCGCGGUAUGGCCGUUACGGCGACGACUCGUACAGGCGCAGGAGUCCAAGCCCACACCGCCGGGCACCGUCUGAUGGCGAACGAUUUGAUCUGCCGCGUCGUUACGGGUCCGACGUUCCGGACGUCCAAAUACUGCUUCUGCAGGAAGUCUCGCGAGAUUUCAUUGGCUGGGUCCAAGGAGCGUUCCACAGCAAGGGAUUGAAAACGGAUGUUAUGUACAUCAACCCUCGAUUCCCCCGGGAAACGGUGGUGCAGCGCCAGGUUGUGGAAGGCGUUCACGCCAUCGUGGAUCUCGACUACGCCGCUGCGGCCCAGGGCAAGAUUCCCAUCCAGGUCUUUAUCCGGUCUGGAAGCAGCAGCGUCCGUUUCGAGCUCUACCAAGGGAUAGACCCUCCCGUGGCGGCAGAGCUUGUGGUGAGGCAGAAGGCCCAGUCUGCCGCUUACGUCGCUCCAUCCGGGCCAAUGUACGCGGCCCCCGCAUAUCCGCCGUACCACACCGAAGCAGCUCCUGCCGGCUACGUGCAUCAGUACCCUCCGCACUCGGGCCCAUCCGGGCACCCACAGGCAGCACCCCCGACAGCCAAUCUCGCCAGCGUGGUCGGCCAGCUCGACAACUCGGCGCUGCAAGCGCUCCUGGCAUCACUCCAAACCCCACACGCAGGCGCGCCGCAGGCGCAUCCGGGGAUGCCUCCUGCGAAUGCGGCCCCCGCAUCCCAAAUUGAUGUAAAUGCUCUGUUAGGCAGCCUUAGGAGUGCUACCCCAGCGCAGCCUACUCCGAUGCCGGGCGUACCAAGCUACGGCGCCGCGCCCGCACCGGCCUAUGCCCCGCCGGUGGGCGGUGCCAUGCCGUCUGCCGCCGCCGUCCCCAAUGGGUAUGGCGGAGUCGACACCGCGCAACAGGUGCAGACGAUUAUCGAUCAGCUGAAGCGUGCCGCGCAGUGAAGCUGAUGGGCUGGGAUUGCUCCUUAAAGGAGGCACAAGGUCUGGGAUGAGCUUCAGCCGAUACCAGAGUAACGGCACAAAUCACCGCUGCUCAGACCUCGAAGAUUCGAUACACUCCUCGAACCCGGUGCUCAGGCGUUCGAGCUGAUAUGUUUCGGCGUUGCAACAGAGUCCUCUUCGCAAUGCAUCUCUGGUGCUUUUGCGAACAGGGCCGUACAUAUUUCAGACUUCUAGAGAGUGAGGGUCUCGGCUUAGUAGCGCAGUUUCUUGAAAACAGCCGGGACAGGGGCAACCACGCUUGCGCUGGGACCGGAAAUCAAAAAAAAAAAAAAAAAAAAA